AGGGCUCUGAUCUGGGGGGCAGGGGACUGGCUGGCUCAGGGUGUGUGUGUGAUGCGGUGCCUCCCCUCCGGGGUGCCACCUGAGGUACUGGGGUAUCACUGAGCCCCCCUGUUCCAUCAGCCUGGGCUCCCUCACCCUGUCCUGCUGCGCCAGGCCCUCCAGCCUCCUCCAGCGCACACCCAGGUAGGGACACACCCAGCUGCAGAGAGACACAGACACUGAGAUCAGCUCUGCGUGGGGAGACUCAGCUCGGGAAUUGCCCAGCUCUCAACUUCACACCCCGUCUGGGGUGUAAACCCGAAAUGACACCGUUUUGCUCUGCACAGGGAACGGUACGGCGUAAGCUCAGGAAAUUCGCCCCCUCCCUCAGUGUGGAGGAAGAUUAUGCAACGGCUUUUUGCCCCCAGUCAUGAAUUCCCCAAACUGGUUUUGGACUCCGCGUUGUUUUUGCUGAUACAGACUAACCCGGCUACCACUCUGAAAACAAAUGUAUUAACUGCACAAGCAGGGGUCGGAGGCUCAGAUGGAGCCAAGGCGCCCGGUGCAGCUGGUGCGUCUGGACGAGGAAGGGGGCCUGACCCUGGACGAGGAGGCCCUGAGCCGCUGCCUGGAGCAGGGUGGGGUGGGGGACGCCCCCGUCUGCCUGGUGUCCAUCAUCGGGGAGCAGCGCCUGGGCAGAUCCUUCCUGCUGAACUACCUGCUGCGCCGGCUCCGGAGCCUGGACGCGAGCGACGGGUCAUGGAUGGGCCGGGAGGAGGAGCCCCUGGAGGGGUUCGAGUGGCGAGUCGGCACCCAGAGAGUCACCAAAGGGGUGUGGGCCUGGAGCCAGCCCUUCUGGGUCCCGGCCGAGGGGGGGAAGGUGGCCGUGCUGCUGGUCGACACCGAGGGCUCCAUGGACAUUGAACGGAACAAGGAGACGAGCAUCAAACUCUCUGCCAUGUCCAUGCUGCUCAGCUCCUACCAGAUACUGAACAUUGGCCAUCGGGUGAAGGACCCGGAUCUCGAGUACCUGGAGAUGUUUCUGCAGGUGGCUGAAGUGGUGGGAGAGGCCUAUGGACUGGAGCCCGUUCAGAUGCUGGCGGCGACGUCCCCUUGCAAACACCCCAAGGCCCUGGAAGUGCUGAGCAGAAGCAGCAGCCGCUGUUACCUGAUGCCCUUCCCCGGCAAGCGGAUCUCAACUGGCAGCGAGGGAUCCCUGAGAGACAUGGAUGAGGAUUUCCGGGACAGCCUGAGGGACUAUGUCACCGCCCUGGUGGGCUUGGCCGGUCAACACGUCCGGAGGGACCGGCAUGGGGAGCUGCUCACCGGGACACAGCUCGCUGCCAAGAUAAAGAAUUUAUCUGAUAUGAUGAAGAAACAUCGCUCGGGCUUCUCCUAUCCCUGUCAGAUGGCCAUCGCCUUCCACAACCAGAGAGUCAUGGACAGCGCAAGCAAAGACCAUGCUGUGUUUCUGAAAGAGAAGGACGGUCUGUCCCGGCACAUGGACGACUGUCUGAAGGUGACGCCGAACGCAAUGGCUCAGCAGUUGGCGGAGCAGCGCACGUCACUGCUGGGGCGGUGCCGGGAGGAGAUGAAGGAGCCGGAGGAAACCCUGCUGACGGCGCUGGAGGAGGAGCUGACUCAGGAGGCGGAGACUUUCCUGGAGACCUAUGGGAGGUGCUAUCAGCAUCAUGCCAACCAGAGAGCCAAGCACAGAGCCCGCCAAGACCACGCUGACUUUCUGAAGGAGAAGGACGUCCUGUCCCGGCACAUGGACGACUGUCUGAAGGUGACGCCGAACGCAAUGGCUCAGCAGUUGGUGGAGCAGCGCAGGUCACUGCUGGGGCGGUGCCGGGAGGAGAUGAAGGAGCCGGAGGAAACCCUGCUGACGGCACUGGAGGAGGAGCUGACUCAGGAUGCGGAGACUUUCCUGGAGACCUACAGAGAGCGCUAUCAGCGUCACACCAACCAGAGAGCCAUGGACAGAGCCCGCCAAGACCACACUGCCUUUCUGGAGAAGUCGAACGUGUUUACCUCCUCUGAGGAGUUUGUGGCGCAGCGCACGAAGUUGCUGGAACGGUGCCGAAUAGAAAUGCUGCCGAAGACAGAGUCCGCGCCGAAUGCAGAGCUGAUGAAGGACAAAGAGGCCCUGCUGAAGAAGCUGGAGGCAGAGCUGAAGCAGAAGGCUGAGCGGAUGCUCAAGGCGGCUAAUGAGAAGCUCAAGAAUAUGGCGCUGGGAGCUGGGGUCGCCGCACCUGCUGGUGCUGAGGUCGUCACAGCUGUUGGUGUUGGGCUCAUCACAGCUGCUCGUGCUGUGCUUGCAGCCACGGCUGGCACUUCCAUUUAGGCGACCUAGGCAGUCACCUAGGGCGCCAGGAUUUGGGAGGGCGGCAGGUGGCUCUGGUGAACCUCCCGCAGGCGUGCCUGCGGAGGGUCCGCUGGCCCCGCGGCUCAGGUGGAGCAUCCGCAGGCACGCCAGCGGCAGGUCCACCAGAGCCACGGGACCGGCGAGCGCCAGAGAGCCCCCCAACGGUGUGCCGCUGUGCUUGGGGCGGCGAAAUGACUAGAACCGGUCCUGCGCCUAAGGCGCCAAAAGCCCUGGUGCCGCUCCUGCUUGUAGCAGCUUCUCGUGCUGGGGUCGUCGCACCUGCUGCUUCUGGGCUUGUUGCACCUGCUGGUGCCGGGGUCAUCACAGCUGCUUGUGCUGGUGAUAGGCAAAAUAUAUCCCACCUAUUCAGCUUGGGUUUUUGCAUGCUUGUAGCCUUCGCCCUCUGUCUCACUAGGCCCAAAGGCCUUUAGUCAAGACAACUGUCAUAUAAAGAGCAAAGGUUUGGACUUCUGCAAAACAUGUUUAUCUGUAUAAAAGGGCACCCGGGGAAAACAAGGAACCAGAAAAGGGGAACUAAGAAGGGUUGAGGUGCCCAGUUAAGAUGUACAAAGUUUAACGCUUCUUGCAAAACGUAACCGCAAAGUAGGGGUCUUGAGACAGGCAGACGACCAACGAAAUCGGCCAAAAAACAAUAACAGGAAAAACCAAAUAUGGAAAAGUACUGAAGUAGCUUGCUUAAUUUGCCAUUAAUAAUCCCAAAUAAGGGAAUUUAGUAAGUGAUGCUUUGUGGUUUUAGCCUUUAUAAGCGUGACAAAAACCUAUUGAUACAGAGCAGCUACCCCUUGCGUGGGGCCACGUUGACUCUCCCUGCAUGCAUGCUUGUACACCAAUAAAGUGCCUCAGGCUGUCUGAUUCAAAA